AUGAAAGCUGAAAAACUUGUGGUCGAGCACAACAAUGUCCCUCAUCGAAUUCGGGUCUCCGCUGGUCCAAAUCUUCAUUCUCUACGCCCUCUAAAUACCAAUGAUGAUGCCAAUCCUAUGCUCAUAGACACAGACGAAUUCAUUGGCCAUGUGAUGCUCAGGGUUAGAGGUCAGAAUCAAAUACAUGGUUAUGAAGAAGGCCAAAGACAGGACGGAUUAAAGGUCAUGCCCGAUAGCGAAUGGUUUGACAAAGCGGCAGCAGCAGGUCGAGGCAACUUAUUAAUGUCCUUACAGGUCGUCGGCCGAUUUAAGCGGGAAUGGACAGGAGAGCAAGUCGUGUUUGCAUGCCAGUUCAGUAAGCCAUUUAAGCUACCGCCUCUCGCGAACCUUGUGGUCAAGUUCUUCAAAGUAAUUGAUCCUGCAUGUCAACUAGAUAUCCAAGGACCGAAGCCAUAUUGUAUCAGUCCUGCUCUUGGGACCAUGAAUACCAUCAAUGUCCUUCAUGACCCAGUAUCUUCCAAAUCAACACCAACCGAACGAGAUGCAUCGUCUUUGACUGGCAACCCACUGCUUCCAUCAUGGCCAUCUCCGAAUGGCGAAAACUUAUUCGAGGACACCUCUGUCAUUAUUUUAGAAGACGAUCUGAAAAAGAAGAACAAGCUCUCAAGCGAUAAUGCCGCAAGGCGAAGCCAUUUCGGCAAGGCAAAGUACUUGCAGAAGCAUCGGUUUGUACAAGACCAUGUCUAUGGAUUUGAGCUCUUCAAUUCAUUCCUAGAUUGCUCAAGGUUUGCGUUGAAGGUGCCAGGACUAAGUCUAGAUUUGUUCAAGUAUCUUAACGAUCAGCCGCUCACGCUUGCACUCAAGACACAAGACGACUCAGCCUCAUUUGUAUAUGUAUUACUGGAGCUGGUGCCUGUGGUGGAUGAUCUUCUGGUUUGUAAGAGCUGGAACCGAGCCAGCGCAGACUAUAUCCAUCGCGUAGCUGUGUGGACCCCAUUACGGCCUAUGUUUCGAGAUCGACUCCUUGAAGAGAUGAAAACAGUCAAAUCAUUGGAAUGUUGGUUCGAAGCAGAACCAGGAGUACCUACAUUCGCCAACAGCGCCUUGGUCGAGAGAAGCACGACUUACAGUCAAUGGGAAGAGUUUCUUAAUGCUAUCCUUGCACCACUCCCUAAACAAAAAUGCUCGGAUAUAGAAACUCAGUAUGACAGCAACAAUAUCUGA